AUGAAGGCAGCAGUUCUGUGUUUAUGCCUUAUCAGCAUCACCGCUGCAUGGCCAGUGAGUAAAUCCAAGCAGCAUGCCAUUUCUGCCAGCUCCGAAGAAAAAUAUGAUGCCAGGGGCCAUCACUCACACAGAUAUCACCCCCACCAUGACGUGAAUUCUCAGUCUUGGGAAAGUCUGCAGCACGCACAGAAUGACCUGGCAUCACCUCAGCAGACUCUUUACUCUUCAGAAGAAAGCGUGGAUGUCGCAGUACAACCGCACUUUGCUGAUGUGUCAAGCAAGAGCCAUGAAGAUGUGGAUGAUGACGAUGAUGAUAACGAUUCCAAUGACACGGAUGAAUCCGAUGAGGUUGUCACGAGUUUUCCCACAGAUAUUCCAAUAACUGUACCCUUCCCUCCUUUCACUCGGGGAGACAAUGCUGGCAGAGGUGACAGUGUGGCCUACAGGGUGAGGGCAAAAGCCACAGCAGUGAAGUCUAGCAAACUCCACAAAGCUCCGAAAAAGCUCAUCUAUGAUGCCACGGAGGAGGAUGAGAGUGCCCUAGAUGCAGACAGCCGGGCACGCUCCCUGGAGGUUCCUGCUGCCCGCGUCUCCCUGGGGAAGCACUCCAUCAGUGGAGAGUGGGCUGACAAGAGCCGCGGGCAGGACAGCAGCGAGCUGGACAGCAAGCAGCGUGACCGGAGCAUGGAAAACGACAGCCGGCAGAAAUUUGAUAGCCAUGAGGUGGAAAGAGAUGAUAGGAAGGCUGGUGUCAGAGGGGACAGCCACCAGAGCAUGGAAAGCAGGGAGAGCCAGGUCCGCAUUUCAGCUGAGGUCCCCGACGAUAACAGCAAUGAAACGCUGGAGAGUGCCGAAGAUGCUCGAGACCAUCGCAGCAUCGAAAAUAACGAAGUCACCCUUUAA